AGCGGCGGGGGCCGCAUGGAGCGGCACGGACAUGGAUUCGCAGUCUCUGGACGGUUGCAUUCAGAAGACGCUCUCCUCCUUGUUCCCUCCUUUCGAGUUGACGGCUGCCACGGUGUUGUGCCAGGUUUUGGAUGUGGUGGAGAAGACGUACCGCGGGGAUGGACUCGCUUACCUCAUCGAUUUCCUGAUCCCUGCAAAGCGUGUCCUGCAGGGGCUGCAGCAGGAGGCCUGUGUGCAGUAUUGUGGGCUGCUCUUCCGAGACGCCGCGUGGCCUCUUUGCAUCCAGGAGAAGAUCGUCCUGCAGUUGGCUUCCAUAAACUGGAGGCUUCUCCGGCCCGGGGACUUUUACUUCCAGGUCGUGCCUUAUUUGAGAAAGACUCCGAGAAUUGUUCUGAAAUGCCUUGCUCAGGACCAACACAACGUUGAGGAGCUGGUUCUCCCGGAAGGGUCUUACACAUCCAUCUUCACUCUGGAAUGGCUGGACUUCAUCAACUCGGGGAGAAUGGGGACCUCUCUAGAGAACUGCCUGCUGACGUGUGAUGACCGGGUCUUCAGGGUGCCAUGGGAAGCGGUGGUUCAGCCGGAAUUCAUAGAAGAGACAAAAGGGGCAGAGGCCACAAAGACAUUGGAUUCCUCCCCGCCGUCCAUCGGGGAGCCCCCUAAGCCGCAUGCGUCGGGUGUGAUGGUUCAGGAUGAGGAGACUCCGUGCACCAGUGAUGGCCAAGCCACGGCCAUCAACAUCGAGCGGCGUCCCAGUGAGAUGGAAGGUGAAUACGUGGAGUUGUCGGAGGUCUCAGUGCCUCGUUUCGGACCUCAGUUGGGGUCCCUAACCCAGUCUAUAGCCGCAAACUUCAAGAACCAACAGAAGAGAAAUAACCCACGCGACGAGGAGAGUCUUCUGCAGAGCGGGACACGCCAUGAAGGUUGCUUCUCUUCCGCUCAAGUUGCAACCGAACCUCUACAGCCCUCCACGCGGGGUACUUUUACAGAGACAAACGCGAUCCGGCUCGACACGGAGGUUUCUCUAAGAGCGGUGCAGUCACAUUUACGGGACGGUCUCGGGUGUAGAGCGGCAGAUGGGUCUACAAAACAAGAACCCGUGUUUAUUGAGCGGAUGGAGACGGACGUAGCGAGCGGUUACAGCCUUAGCGUAGAGCGCACAAUGUGCGGGAGGAAUGCAGGGAGGUGUGACAUAUCAGUAGAUACACUGAACAGCCACCCCGGGAGCGCCGACACAAACACAGCGAGCUGUGAACGGCCAACUUCAGAGACAGUUAAUUUUAGCGCGUCUUUAUCACCCCGACUGGAAGUCACAAGCCGCUUUACUGAGAGCAUCGGGGAUGCCAAAGAUAUGGAGGAGGCUUCAACAGGACCCGUCGGAGAGCAUCCCGGGACACGCGGAUGCCCGAUAACCGACCCGGCAAACCCCGGCUCCUCCAAAAGCUGCGUCCAUCGUGCUAACGGCGACCAAACUGUGCCUUCAUUACAAAGCCCGAGUCUCUCGGAAAGCACCGAGGGAAAGACUGGCGACGUUAAUGCUGCAAACCAACCCACGGACGAUGCCGAGGCCCAAGAACUCCGUGGUUCCAAUCCCGCUAUAAAUAUUACAGACCAAAGUGCCCCUGGCGUUCCGGAGGCUGAUCGCGCACCUUAUCCGCCGGACGAGGCUCCCUGCAGGGUCAGCGCGGAGCAUGCGGAUGCCGUUAGAUCUUCACAGGUUGACGGAGACUCUCCGGCAGCACUGGUAACGGCCGGCGGUUCUGUGGAGCGAGCGGAGCAGGGGGACACCGCCUGUAACACCAGUGAGCACAGCAAGCGAGAGACUCUGGAGUCCGCCAAAGAUCAGCCGCCGCUAGAGACGCUCUACGAGGUGACUGAGGAAGAGCUGCCGCUUUCUGGUGCCAACCAUGAGCCAGCAGACGAGCGGGAAGCUCGGGACGUCUCUGUAACCGAAAGGGCUGCGGAGCAGGAGCGGCCGCCGGAAAGACAAGUUUGCGUGGCGUCACGCCGGCUCAGUGUGGUCUCUUCACCUGUCCUCACCAGGAGAGGUCACCGCCAGCCCGUACUCACUUUGGCCGACGAUGUGAACGUGGAAAUCUUAAUGAGUGGCCUUGUGUACCUGCCAGGCACCCGGGACAGAAGCGGCCGAGCGGUUGUGAUCAUUAACACGAGGAACACGGCCUGGCUGAAUCCGCACUGCAACGCCUCUGAGCUGGGACGCCUCUUGUUGUAUCUGUACGGGAUUCCCCGGCGAGAUUGCCGAAGCCUGGGCUUGACGCUGUUGGUGGAUGCGCGGCGCUGCUCUCCAGUUCCUGCCCUGUUUAAAGCCUUUCAUAGAGUGCAGGCUGCCGUCCCGAAUUGCAUCCACGGCAUUUUGUUCCUGGUGGAGAAAGACGUCAGUCUGUCGGUGGAUAAACCGCAUGGCGUGCCGUUGGAUCUCCUCACAUCCACAAAGUCCUUGCACAAGCAUAUAGAAGCCUCUCAGCUGCCGCUGGAGUUUGAUGGAUCUUUCCCGUACUGCCACAGAGACUGGCUGGCGUUUCGAAUGAAGUUGGAGCACAUGCAGGAGGCGUGCCGUGAUGCCUGUACAUUCCUACAGAAUGCCAUUAAGAACCUGCACGCUGGCGCUCUGCCAGACAGGGCCGAGGAAGCCAAUCGACUCCUGAAGAAAUUUGGGCAGCUGAUGAGGACGGUGUUAGAAGACACUCGAUUGGUGAAGCUGCAGACAGAGGGUGGAGCUAUCCUUGCACGGCUGAGGAAGGAGGAGUCAUGUGUCGCGGUCACUGAGGAUUAUAGGGACGCGGUGGACGCCGCUGCCGAGCUGUAUAAUCGGGUGGACGAGCGCGUUCACAGCCUCGCUCAGCUAUCCAACAAGCGCAUUCAGGACAUGGAGCUGGUGAUGGAGUUUGAGGCCUUCGAGGAGACGUUUCAGGAGAUCAGCGGCUGGAUUGAGAACGUUGGGGAGCGCUUACUGAGUGAGUGCGGUGUUACGGAGGACUCUCUGGAAGUGGCCCUCCAGGCGCAGAGACGCUUCCGGGAGUUGGAUGGUGUGGCGUGUGAAUACUGCAGACGGGGGCAGGAGAUCCUGAAGUCCAUGGAGAGAUGGGAGAGCCUCUCGUCCCCGGACUUCCAGAAGCACAGAUGGAGGCUGCAGACGUACAGAGAGAGAGUUUGGGGUUUCUGCGCGCGGCUGGAGGAAUCCCGCAGCAGGCUAGAGAAGACGGUGCGGCUCUAUCAGUUCUUCGACAAGGCGUAUGAAUGGGCCCUGGAAGGAAUGCGCCGCCUUGCCUCCAUCAGCCUGGAUGACUGUAAUUCCCCCGAUCUGUGCGGCGGCGCCCUCGAGGGUCUGGAGAGAUACCAAGCGCAGCACCCCGAGAUCGGGGAGAAGAAGUUCGAGGAAAUGAGGGAGCUGGCGUGUGAACUGAAGAGCGAAAAAGGUGCCAAGCAGUGGAGGUUUGCGUGGUCCAAGUGCCAGGAGGCCCGACACGUUUUUGAAAAGAAGCUGGAGGCUGCACUAAGGACGAAAAGGGCAUUAUCUGCCGAGCGGCGAUCUGCGGGCUCCGGUGCACAGAGGAGGCACUCCGAUAGCACAGAGGAGAAGGAGAGCAACGUGUCAUAUUUCCAUAGCCAGCUACUGAGCCCCCCACCCUACUCCAGGGAGAGGAAGCCGGGGCAGGUACUCGGUAACCGAUCAGAGCUCGUGGGUGACCAAGCCCCGUAUAAAAGCAGCCAUUUGCCGUCUGCUGCCUCUGUGCUGGCGCCGGCCUUCAGGGUACGGAAAAUGUCACUGCAGAGCAUCCCUGGGGAAGACCUUCCCUUCGAAUUCCUCCCCCGUCAAGCAGCCAGCUCCUCCACACCCAGCGCCCCCGCUCGGCCGCCCACCAGGCACAUGCUGCGGAAGGCACAGAGUUUUGACCUCCCUUGCAGUGAAGGAGGAACUUACGGGUGCCAGAGGAGGCUGAGUGAGCCCGCCAGACAUGGCAACACCGGCGUUUUCAUCAAAGGCCUGGAAGUGAGUAGCACCGAGUUAGUAGACCGUCCCUGCGCUCCCCGCCAGCCCCUGCCGGUGGACUGGUCAUCUGAACGACUCCACGGCGAACGCAGGAGCAGCGUCUCGUCCGCUGAGGGACGGAGCCGCAGCAGUAAACUCCGGCACAUUAUUGAUGAGAUGGUCACCACGGAGAGGGAGUAUGUGCGGUCGCUGUGGUACAUCAGUGAGAAUUACUUCCCGGAGAUGGAGAGAUUGGACCUGCCUCAGGACCUGCGCGGGAAGAGGGGCAUCAUCUUUGGGAACCUAGAGAAGCUUCGGGAUUUCCACAGUCAGUACUUUCUAAAGGAGCUUGAGAGCUGCUGCAACCAUCCGCUGAGAGUCAGCCACUGCUUCCUCCGCCACAAGGAUCAGUUUGGGAUGUACGCUUUAUACAGCAAGAACAAGCCUCGGUCAGACGCGUUACUCGCCAGCCACGGGAACGUCUUUUUCAAGAACAAGCAGCACCAACUGGGAGACAAGAUGGACCUCGCCUCGUAUCUGCUGAAGCCCAUCCAGAGGAUGAGCAAGUAUGCCUUACUACUGAAGGACCUGAUCAAGGAGUGCGAGGAGGCCCAAGAGCAGGAGCUCGUUUACCUGCGAGCCGCCGAGGAAAUGGUGAAGUUUCAGCUCCGCCACGGCAAUGACCUGCUAGCUAUGGACGCCAUCAGAGACUGCGAUGUAAAUUUGAAGGAACAGGGGCAGCUGGUGAGACAGGAUGAAUUCACUGUCUGGCUGGGGCGAAAGAAAUGCCAGAGACACGUCUUCCUUUUCGAGGAUCUCAUUUUAUUCAGCAAACCCAAGAGAAUAGAGGGUGGCCUCGACGUCUUCAUUUACAAACGCUCCUUUAAAACGGCAGACAUCGGGCUGACGGAGAAUUCCGGUGACAGCGGAUUGCGCUUUGAAAUCUGGUUCCGGAGGCGUAAAUCCAGCGAUACCUACAUCCUACAGUCCAACGGCCCGGAAACCAAACAGGCCUGGACGGGGGACAUCGCCAAAAUCCUGUGGCAGCAGGCGACCCGCAAUAAAGAGAUCCGCAUGCAGGAGAUGGUAUCCAUGGGAGUUGGGAACAAGCCAUUCCUGGACAUAAAGCCAAGUGAUGCGGCGAUAAAUAACAGAGCCAUCGAUUACAUCAUGAAGGGCAGAGGAGCACGAACAAGGGCUUCCAUUGCAGUGUCCCUAUUUGACCACUCCGAUCCUUACAAAAGGAGUCAAGCGUCCAGUGCUGGCAGCUCUACACCGGCAGCUUGCGGACCCUCUUCUGCCUCUUUACUGGGACCCCUGAACCUCCACAUGUACAUCAACCAAACACUCCUUCCGGGGGUACUUCCUUCCAAAAGGUCGUUCGAGACCAGCAUGUGUCUUGAAGAAGACGAGUUGGAGAAUGAGACGAGUAGCAGCCAGCCCUCCAUGACCACCGAGAGCUCGGGGUCCUCGCAGUGCGUGUCGGGCGCUGGGUCCAGCGGGUCUGACAGUGGUUGUGUGUCCGGUAUUCCCCAGGACAGCCUGUCAGAAGACGCUGCUUCUCCUUGUGAUCCGUCUUCACCGUAUUCCCUCCAGGAAACAAAGAAUCGCUCCAGCCUGAGGUCUCCAAACGCGGAAAAAUCGAGGUUUCCUAACCGGCAAUACAUUUCCGCAAACACAAGCCACAUUUCCCUAAGUCCUUCCACUAUAGUGUGAGCUCCUCCUAACCUGCGCACUCAAGUAAGUGGAAC